AUGCCCGCCACCUCAGCUCAGGCGCGCAAGGCGGACCCCAGCCGCGGCGCGGCCCCCGACCCCGAAUCGGCACCCGCACCACCCCCUCCUCCGCCGCCCGCAAACCGCGACGACCGCUGGAACGGCGGCAAUGGCGGCGGCAGCGGCGGCGGCGGCGGCGGCGGCGGCGGCGGCGGCGGCGGCGGCGGGGACGGCGGCCGUGACGGCCCUGGGGGUGCCGACGAUACCGCUGACGUCAUCAUCGCUUGGCUAAGGACGCUGCGGGACGAGCUGCGCCAAUUCAAGGAUUACCACGGAGAGUGGAGCUCCUGCAUCUUUGUCACGGCUUUCCUUGGGACCGGUUGCGGCGUCGCCGGCCUGUUCAACAUACUGAACCCCCCCUGCAGCACCAUCUGCACGGACCGCGACCCGAAGCUGAGGGCCAAGCUGGCGGCCCUCGUGAAGUCCGAGGUUGGCGCACUGAGGGAUGAGGUUGUCGCACUGAGGGAUGAGGCGCGCGAGGCCCAGGCGGCGCGCGCCUCGGAGGCGGCGGAGACGCGGCGCCGGCUGGGGGAGCUGGACGGGGCCGUGGCGGGGGUGAUGGCUGCGGGAGUGGCACGUCAUGCCAACGCCCAGCCCAAAGGCCCGCCGCCCUCUGCCCCCGCUGGGGCAAAAGAGACGUUUUAA